UAAUUAACAUUAAUUAGCGCAGUAAAUCCCAGGAUUAACGCAAAAUCCUUAAUUAACUGUCGUGUGGAAACAAACAUCGGUCAGCACUAGCAGUGUCACCACCAACGACAAACAGCAACCUACGAGCCCCCAAUAAAUAAUUCACAAUCCCAUUUCUUGAUAGCUACCAUACCCAAUUAAUAAUUUUAAUAAUUCUUUCUUUUGCUCCUCAUAGUGAUAGUACACUGCUGUCAUUUCUAAUCAUUCUUUUGAUUCCCCAUAUAUUUUUACUAUAAUAGUGAUAUUGGGGUGGCUUCAUUGUUUUGUUUUGGGGAAUUUGAUGUUGAAGGGUGGGUGAAAGAGUGAAUCUUUCUGUUAUUAGUAACAUUUUCUUGUUUUUCCGGCGGCUGACGUGUUUUUCCGGCGGGGAUGCCGACGCCGGUGGCGAUUGCCCGGCAAUGCUUGACGCCGGAGGCGGUGAGGGCGCUGGACGAGGCGGUGGCGGGGGCGCGGCGGCGCGGGCAUGCUCAGACGACGUCGGUUCACAUGGUGUCGUCGUUGCUGUCGCUGCCGUCGUCGGCGCUCCGGGAGGCGUGUGCCCGGACGCGCAACAAUGCGUACUCUGCGCGCGUGCAGUUCAAGGCGUUGGAGCUUUGCCUCGGGGUGUCGUUGGACCGGCUGCCGUCGUCGCCGAACCGGACCGGCGGCGAGGAUGAACCGCCGGUUUCGAACUCGCUCAUGGCGGCCAUUAAACGGUCUCAGGCGAACCAGCGACGGCAGCCGGAGAAUUUCAGCUUUUAUCAACAACAACAACAGUCUUCUUGUUCUUCAGCUCCGGUGGUGAAGGUGGAGUUGCAGAACAUGAUUUUGUCAAUUCUUGAUGACCCGGCGGUGAGCCGGGUUCUCGGGGAAGCCGGGUUCAGGAGCUGUGAUAUCAAGAUUGCAAUUUUAAGGCCGGUUCACCAGUUCUUUAGAUAUUCCAGGUACAAAGGACCCCCUCUGUUUCUCUGUAAUUCUGAGCUGGGAAGAAGAGGUUUCACCUUCCCAUUCCUAGGGUUUUCAGAUGGAGAUCAAAAUUGCAGACGAAUCAUUGAAGUUUUCCUAAAACCCAAGCAGAAAAACCCCAUGUUAGUUGGGGUUUGUGCUCAUGAAGCUCUCAGGAGUUUCCUGGAAACUGUCAAGAGAGAUGGAGGGGGGCUAAUCCCCUCACACCUCUCUGGACUAACUGUAAUCUGUAUCGAACCCGAGCUUUCGGGUUAUGUUAAUGGGGAUAAGCUGAGACAGAAGCUUGAGGAAGUGAACAGAAUGGUGGACCAAUGUAUAGGCCCUGGUGUUGUGCUCAAUUUUGGUGAUCUGAAACUGUUGGCUGGUGAUGAACCUUCUGCUGAAUCUUUGCAGCCCGUGAUUCUCGGGUUGGGGCGGUUGAUUGAGGCUUGUGCUGGGAAACUGUGGGUGAUUGGAGCUGUGGCGCGAUACGAGGUUUACUUGAAGGUUUUGAAUAGAUUCCCCUCCAUUGAGAAGGAUUGGGACUUGCAGCUCUUGACAAUCACCUCUCCAGGGCCUUUCCCUGGUGAAUCGUACCCGAAAUCCAGCUUGAUGGAGUCUUUUGUUCCAUUUGGAGGACUGUUUGCUGAUAUAAAAAGCCCAUUAAGUAGCUCGUACCCAAGCGUUUCGCGCUGUUGUCUCUGCAGUGAGAAGUGCAGGCAGGAAAUUAAUGCGCUCUCGAGUGGGGGGUUUAGUUCUUCGGUUGCAGAUCACUACCAGCAGUCGAGUCUGCCUUCGUGGCUGCAAAGCAGCAACAAGAUGGAGUUGAUGAAGGCCAAAGAUGAUAAUGUGGUAUUGAAUGCCAAAAUCGCGGGAUUGCAGAGGAAAUGGGACUCGCUCUGUCAGCGUCUGCACUACAACCAGCCGUUCUCGAGGACGAGCACUGCUCAGCUGGAUUCUCGAGUCCCGUCCAUCGUGGGAUUUCAAGUUGUCGAGGACAGCAAUAAGGACAGGGCCGUGCCUUCUAAUGCGUUGUCGGGCGUUUCUGCUGCCUCGAAAGAGAGCAGUCCACUCGGGGUACUCUCGGAUGGCAACAACAAUGUUAACCUUCUGUCCAUUUUCAGUGAAACUCCUUUGAAGAGUGACGAUGAUGCUCAUACCUCUCCGACCUCAGUGACCUCGGUGACAAUGGAUUUAGGUUUGCGAAUUUGCUCGAAUUCUCCAGCUAGAGAGUCUGCAGACAAGCCAAGAAUACCUCAAACUUGUAUCGGCCUAAUCCCAGAUGUUCCAGCCAACAUCUCGAAAAACGCUCAAUUUGAUCCGAAAGACUUCAAGGUGCUAUACGAGGCUCUAGCCGAGAGGGUCGGGUGGCAGGAAGAAGCUGUGAGAGUUAUCAGCCAACGAAUAGCCCGGUGCAGAACAAUGGAUCGGGAGAGCCACCCCCGGGCAACUCGUGGAGACAUAUGGUUCCAUUUCACGGGACCGGAUAGCAUGGGGAAGAAAAAACUCGUCGUUGCCCUUUCUGAAAUACUACACGGGAGCACACAUAGCUUGAUCUGUGUGGAUCUGAGCCUCGAGGAAAACCCCCGAGCCUGCAUAAAGUCACUGUUUGAUCUCCAGGCUCUGAACAAAUAUGAUGUGAAGCUGAGAGGCAAAAACGUUGUGGAUUACAUUGCAGAGAAGCUAGCUGACAAGCCCAUGUCUGUUAUCUUCCUCGAGCACGUUGAGAAAGCCGAUCUGCUCGUGCAAAACAGCCUGUCCCACGCUGUGAAAACCGGGAAAUUUUCAGACUCACACGGAAGGGAAAUCAGCACUAGUAAUGCAAUCUUUGUGACCACUUCAGGUUCCUCACAAGGCUAUUCCGAAGAAGAAAUUCUUGCAGUAAAAGGCUGGCCAAUUCAAAUCCAGAUUGGAGUUGAUCUUGGAAUUGAUACCAAUCCCAAUUCCAAUUCCUCAACCCUUAAGCCAAUCCUCCUAAACAAGAGAAAAACCAUUGGCACAGUUGAAAACGAGGAGCGUUUUGGUUUUGGCAUCCCCGAAAUAACAAAACGCGCCCACUGGACCUCAAAUCCAUCCCUCGACUUGAAUCUCCCCGCUGAGGAACCCGAUACAACAGCCCUCGAAAACUCGAGGCCGUGGUUGGACGAGUUCCUCAGACAGGUCGACGAGACAGUCACAUUCAAACCGUUUAACCUCGGGUCACUCGCAGAGAAAAUGCUGAAGGAGAUCGAACACUGCUUCCACAAAAUCAUCGGCCCCGAGUGCUUGCUCGAGAUAGAAUCGAAAGUAAUGGAACAGAUUUUAGCAGCUGCUUGUUUAACCAAUAACAAGAAGGUAGAAGAUUGGAUCCACAGUGUUCUUGUCAGGGGAUUUGUAGAAGCUCAAGAAAAGUAUAGCCUAACUGCUCAUUCUGUUGUGAAGCUAGUUACUAGCAGAUAUGCAGAAGAGCAUAAACCAGGAAUAGUUCUUCCUGGGAAAAUUAGAAUGAACUGAAUGAAAUUCAGUAAGGUCUUCUUCUUCUUCUUCUUCAUUAUUAUUGUUAUUAUGUAGUAGUGGAUGUAUAAAUAUAUAAUUUUAGGCUUCUCUGUAGUCUGUUUAUCCCAUGUGUUUAUUGGGUAGUUUCAGGUUUUAUGUCUCAUAGCAUAGAAUGUAUUUUGGUUCCAAUGCACUUUCCUAGGUCUGUAAUAAGUGCUCCAAUGUUAAUCUUAGCUCAUCAUGGUUUGGUUACCCUCAUUAAA